UGUUACGAAUAAGCCAGACUUGAAACAGAUGAAAACGGAGCUGUUUGAGGUUACAUUUGGUUUGGAAAAGAUUAUCGUUGUCUUGGGAGGUAAAGAGUUUAUUGGAGACCAGAAUCCUGUUGGUACAAAAACACUUUUGCCUGAUUUAGAAAAGCAAGUUAAAUCCCUGCUGUUAGAGGCUGAAAAUUCAAAAUCUAAAGCAGAGGAGCUUGGUACCAAGUUGGCCGGAAGCCAACAAGUCGUGAAUGAAUCGUCAACUAAGGUUAAGUUGCUUGAAGAUUCUAUACAGGGUAAGACUGUUCUUCCUGAGAAUGUCCAGGAAAGGAGCAUCUUUGAAGCACCUUCUGCUUCCACUGGAUCAGAAAUAUCUGAAAUUGAAGACCCAGGAUCAUAUGGAAAGAACACAAUGCCUCCUGUGCCCUUAGCUCCGCACGUCCGAAGUAUGCGAAAAGGAUCAACAGAUCAUCUUGCACUUAAUAUUGAACCAGAAUCUGUUAGCUUGAUCAACAGUGAGGAAACUGAUGAGCAGAAAGGUCAUUUGUUCAAGUCCCUCAACACAUCCGGUCUCAUCCCAAAGCAAGGAAAGUUGAUUGCAGAUCCAGUCGAUGGAUUAUGGGUAUCCAGUGGCCAAGUUCUAAGCAGUCGUCCCAGAGCGAGGCUCGGCCUCAUUGCCUACUGUCUUCUCCUACAUAUAUGGCUACUCGGAACCAUUUUAUAAUGAAGUUCGUGAGACCAACAAUCCUCUGGUAUUCCUAUCUGCUUCCACAACGUUGCAUCAUGGAUAAAUAUGGUAGCCAUUCUGUUAUAUAUUUAAUAUCCGCACUCUCAAUUUUAGAAUUGUGGAGGAUGUAGGGUUCAUACUUUUGAAGGCAACAAUUGGUGAGUUGUUUCAAGUGAAGCGUUGCACAUUAUGAUAGUUAAUAGACUAAAAUUAAUAGCAUAUGAUAUAUGUUGUUAACAGUUUU